AUGGCGAAGCUCGCCAAACGAGCACCGCCCAAAAAGCUAUCGACCACCAUCCCAGCGGACGCCGAAUCCCCCGCCGCGUUCACCCAAGCUCCCUCUUCCCUAUCCGAUUUCCUCGCAGACUUCUCCCCAACCGGCGUCUACCUAAUCCACAUCGACCGCCACCCCCAAUCCGAAAAGCGCCAAAUCUUCAUCCUCCCCCUCAUCCUCAACCUCCUCAUCCUCGCCCUCGUCCUCUACAGAAUAUACACCGGCAUCCACACAUACCCCGACAUCCUCGCCGCCAUCCUCGGCCACGAUAGCCCCGCCCGGAUCGAUCCCAAGACCGCAAGCUGGGCCCUGAUCUCCACCACCCUUGCCCGCCGAACCGUGACGUUCCUAUUCGACUACCUCCUCAUCACGCUAUUUCUACCCUGGCCAGUCCGCUUCCUGUCUGGACCGGCACGCUGGCGAUGGGAGAUUGGGUUCCAGCGCGCGGAAAUCAUCGUGCGCAAGAGUCGCGACUGGAGCGAAGCGCUGGGUCGAACGUGGAUCCGCGACGACGAGGAGACGAUGAAGGAGCGUGUGAUACCGGCGAUUACGCCCCUGAGGCUUCGGAAGACGGGGUAUUUGCUCAUCGAUGCAGAUUGGGAUCUGGAUUUUGCGGCGAUGACGCGCGCGCAUCGGGAUCUGAAGGCGGGGAGGAUACGGUUGGAUGAUUUUGAAACGGCGGUGGUGGUCCACGGUGGUGGGAAUAAAGGCUGGCUGAUCUGGCGGCCGGAAGAUGUGCGUGGGUCGUCGGGGCAGGGCGCCAAUUCGUCCGUGGAGCUCUCGCCCUCGGAGCGAGAUAGGAUCGUGGCGUUUCAAGAGAAGCUUGCGUCUAUGGGGAAGGAAGAUCUGUUUUACCGCUGGGUAGAGAUAAUACAGUUUGAGAGCACGCAGCCGGGCGGGUUCACGCCUGAGAGGCAGCAAAGAGCCAUGGCUGACACGAAGAAGCUGUUUGAGAGCCGUGAUGUGGAUUUUGAAAAGUUUUGGGCUGAUGUUGGGGGAAUGCAAGGUGUAUCGAUAUGA